AGAUUAUUGUUAUCUUCUAAUUAUGAUGAUUCAGAAUAGAAAGUUACAGGAGGUAGAAAUGAUUUUGGAGCAAAGUUAGCAAAUUUUUUUAGUUCUUAUUUUAAAUAGAAACAAUUCAUGAACAUAAGAAUUUUACAAUGUUUUGGACAGAAAAUAUGGCAGGUAUUUUACCAAUUGAUGUAUAUUUGAAUGUGAAGAAGAUUGGAAUAAAUAAUUUUAAGGAUUAUGCAUAAUUAUAUGGUAUAAAUGGGAAAUUUGCAUAUUCAUUUUAGAAUAAACCAGUAUUGAUAAGUUCUUCAGAUGGUUAAUUUGGUUGGGUUUCAUUUGUGAAUUCUAUAAAUACAAUAAGAGGGGGAACACAUGUUAAUUAUAUAGUUGAUUAGAUAGUAGAAGGUUUCUUGGUUCCUAUAAAAAAGAAAUAUAAAGAGAUAAAGAAUAUCAAAUACCUUCUAGUUUAGAUGGACUAAAGCCAACAUAAAGAAAGAUUAUUCAUACUUUACUUAAUCAUAAUAAAUAAGAAUAUAAAGUUAGUUCUUUAAGUGGAUUAGUUUUGA